ACGGGUCCACAAGCGGCCAUCUGCUUAGGCCACAGCAACGCUGUUCAGUCAUUAGAUCAGCCACGCAACUUUUCAACUUUUCAACUUCAUCGCUCUCCAAGUUCCUUUGACCCCGUACUCUCUUUCCACCCUAAUAUCCACCCUCCUACACGCCAGCUCCGCAAGUCAGACCGGACAGCUCGCAUGGCCCAGUGUACGCCGACGCCCACUGCUACCCAGUUUACAACUGUUACCACCGACUCCGUCUCGACAUCCUUCUCGAGCAGCCUCACCACUCUUGCCGACUCCGUAUCGACUAUCGUCUCUACGACAUGCCUCGAUGCGAGCCAGGGCGGUAACGGCACUUGCGCAACCGAGAGUACAGUCACGUCGCUCAGCACCAUCGCCGGCGGUGUUAGCACAGUGCAAGUUCCCAUCCCGAUCACAGUACCAGUGACGAACGUACAGCCCACCGCAACCCUAUUUGCCCCCUGUUCCUCCAACGGCGGGAACUCGCAACAGUCCUCGUCAGGCCAAGGACAGGCGUCGCAGCAAUCGCAGCAAAGCUCCCAGUCUGCCGCCCAGUCCAGUCCGAGCCCUGGGCAAAGCUCCGGCAGCUCAGGGUCCACGAGCGGUAGAUCCAGCGCCAGCAUCACAGGACCUAUAACUUCCGCUCUCACUAUUACGAGCACUCCACCGCCAACGACGAUCACUACGAGCUCUUCGUCGACACUUGCAGAUGGAGAGGUGACUGUGGUCGUCAUCACGUUAACCAGCACGACCGGUACUCCGUCGGCAGUCGUGGUUAACACUGUCGUCCCGGAUACCGAUAGCGGAUCUGGCCAUCACGGGAGUAGUAGCACCAAACACGUUGGGACUAUUGUCGGAGCGUCGAUUGGCGGCAUUCUUGGGCUUUGCGCUCUCCUCGGGGCCCUGUUCUUGUGCUGGCGAAUCUACAAGCGUCGACGCCUGGAGUUGGAGAUGGACGCUAUCCUUGGCGAAAAGUCGAGCACUCCUCGGGGCUUCAGUCCUCCGCCCCCUGUGCCGAUCAAGCACGUCAAAGGUCGCAAAUCGAAGCACCGUUUCCUGGAUGAGGAAGUACAGAGCGAUCAGCCGAAGCCUUACCAGUACGGGCUGGUGGGGCAAACGCAUGCACCUACGUUGACCAGCGCAUCUCCGUCCAUGACGACUGGUACUGUUUCGCCGUCCGUGACGGGACAUGAAUCGGUUCAAGCUCACAGUCCCACUCCCUUCCCAACUGGUCCUGGCUCCUCCGCUCAUGGACAUGAACCCUAUUCACCACCCAUGUCCCGUCGCACAUCAUCCAAUGUUGGUCGCACUCUAUCACCCCCUCCUCAGGACGUGGAUCCUGUCACGUCUCGGACGCCGAGACUGUCGCUCCGGCUCGCGAACUGGAUCGAAGAGACCGAUGGCUUGGGUGCCGGGCUUGGUCUAGCUGCCGCGGACUUCCAGCCUCACGCUUUCAAUGCGCAGAGUGGAUCACCGACAUCGUCUGGUAGCCAAGGCCCUCGCCUUUUCGCUGUGAAUGCGGAGAGAGACUCAGAGGAUGUCGCCAGCCCGAUCGCGCCCGCGCAGACGAAGGCAGGUGAAGUUGCCGCUUUCAGGAGCCGAGUCGGCCCAGACGGCGUGAUCGUGCACAAGGAUGGCGGACGGGUUGAGGAGGGUUCAGCUGGGCCGUUGCCGCCUGCGUACAGUCCGCACUAAAAUGUGCCCCAGACCCACAAUUUGAUGAACUCUGGUUCGCUAAUGAUGAUGGCCGAUCGCGGUGAUGUCCUGAUGAAACUCAUGCAUGACCCAAUCUCGCGAAACAAACGGACUCCUUGGAUAACGGACCAUGUUCGCAUGCUUCACCACCACUUCAACCUCCCCCUUUUUUCAAUCUGGUUCUGUGACUUGUGACCUUUUUAAUCUUGUUUUCACCGUGCAUCUUCGUUGUGCCGUCCUCUGUCAUAUAGAUACGCUCUUUCCUCUCUUUGGGUAUACUCUAUAAUUGCUUUACGUUGGUUAGGCGCCAUUCAAUCUCCGGAACAACGAUCAAAGCAUGCAUCUGUACAAUCGCGUAGCAUUCCUGUU